UCGGUCUAUAUGUACUCCCACAACAGGCUGUUUGAAAAGAAGUUCCUAACCAGCACUUAAAACGGGAAUAUAUUGUCAUCAUCAGAAUGCGGUUGGUUUUAUUUCCCUCCAGGACGGCAGAGCGUAAGCAAAACGGGAAUAAAGUGUGUGAAGCAGCGGAAACGGGGAAGCGGAUGUGAAGUGGUCCAGACAAAUAAAUAAGAUAUGAAGGCGUCUUUCUACCCAGCCUGGCAACAUAACGGAGAAGUAAACGACGCUGUGGAGAGAGAGAGAUGGCAACUAUGAUUUAAAAACGGGAAUAAAACACAUUUUCAAAGGGAGGUUUGGCUUUGACCGGAGGCUGGACUACCGAGGGGCAGCCCGGGCUCUGGAGCACCGGAUCCCGCUUGGAAUCCGAUGAAGGGUCGAUGUUGCUGGGCCGUAUGGAGGUCCGUCGUCCAUAAAUAAGAUACUUCUUCAGCGAUCACAUGCAGGUGUGGUCGUAGACGACGUUUGAUUCGCCGUAGCAAAGGAACGCACUGUCAUCACCCCCUCCUCCCCGGACAGACCAGCAGAAGGAUUCCUGGAUCACCUUUCAUUCCUAUUUCCUUGUCUCUCUCUGCCCAUCCCCCACUUCAACCACUUUCCUUCAUCAUAAUGGAUACCUGGAUGAUUUACGAAGUCCUAUGUUGCCCUACAGCGAGACAUUGGAUGGUUGUCCGCGGGUGUUAAGAGAAGUACUUCAACGUCAACAUUCACUGUGGAAACGUGAUACCCAUGACUGAUCUAAGACAGAAAAACGGGCAGAAAAAGAGAGAGCUAAAUAGAUUCAACUAUGGUUCAAAUUGCCUCAAAACACGUUGAAUAACGACUAUUGGAAUCUGGGAACUCUGAAGUGCCUUGCCCAAGGGAAUGCCAGCGGGGCCAAUGAAAUGUACAUCAAGGAGCCCAAAAUCCUUUUUUUAAAGUUGCUUUGGACAGCGCACUGCUCUUGUAAUCACUCCAUUUAGCCUUCUGUACCUCCAUACCUCCAUCUUCUUGUCCAUUUUUCUUCACUUCAUCUUUCCAGCCUCUUCAGUUUGGUCUAGCGGUGCGCUUUUAAGCUAAAGGGCCCACGUGUCUCCUUCCUUUCUUUCUUCCUCCCUAACUUCCUUAUUUGUUUUCUAUUUUUGGCCCAUCCACCUGGCCUCCACUAUUCGCCCCUCUAUCGCCACGGCCAUCCUCCCCCCCUGCCCCUGUCAUCCUCCUACUCCCUCUCUACCUCCUCUGACCCUUCCUCCCACCACCACCAUUAUCAUCAGCACCACCAUCCUCACCCUCAGCCCCACUGCCACCACCAGCACCACCAUUACCACCAACUCUCGUCCUCUCCCCCUCGCAUCUUGCCCCCUCCCUCCUCCUCUGAGGCAACCAUGGCGAUGGCUGCCACUGCCUCCUCCUCUCCCUCGUCCCCGUCAUCUUCGUCGUCGGCUAACAGCAGCGCCCGGGAGCACCUGCUGGCGGUGCGUCGGCGCACCCCGCACGCCCGGCCGUACACGAUUGGUCCGGACAACCUCCGCAGCCUGUCGGUGCAGGGCGAGGUCGGAGCCUCUGCGUCCUCCUCCUCCGAUAUGUCAUCGGAGAGCCAACCAGAAACAGUGGGGGUGGGGCUCCAGCGGGCCAAUAGCGACACAGACCUGGUGACAUCAGACAGCCGCUCUUCUCUCACGGCGUCCACGUACCAGCUGACUCUAGGCCACAAUCACUUGGUCAUCUCCUGGGACAUCAAAGAGGAAGUGGAUGCCACAGACUGGAUCGGCUUGUACCACAUUGAUGAGACGUGUCUGGCCAAUGUGUGGGACUCCAAGAAUCGUGGCGUGAACGGAACCCAGAGAGGACAGAUCGUGUGGAAACUGGAGACGGGACCCUACUUCAUGGAGUCGGAGACUAAGAUCUGCUUUAAAUACUAUCAUGGUGUAAGCGGAGCAUUAAGAGCAACAACACCUUGUAUCACUGUCAAGAACCCUGGAGUGCCGGUGGGCAGUGAAGGCCAAGUGGAGGACCAAUCAGGCACUGAGCACUGUCGGAAACUAGUCAGCUUCACCCUAUCAGACAUCCGGGCGUUGGGCUUGAAGAAGGGCAUGUUCUUCAACCCGGACCCCUACCUGAAGAUGUCCAUCCUGCCCGGGAAGAGGAGCGGCCUCCCCAAGUUCACCCAUCAUGGCCAAGAGAGACGCUCCUCUAUCAUAGCCAACACCACCAACCCUGUGUGGCACGGGGAGAAAUACACCUUCGUAGCUCUGAUGACUGACGUGUUGGAGAUAGAGGUGAAGGAUAAGUUUGCCAAGAGCCGACCAAUAAUCAAGCGGUUUCUGGGUCAGCUGAUCAUCCCUGUGCAGAGACUCCUGGAGGGGCCGACGGCUGACGAUCAGUCAGUCAGCUACAGCUUGUGUCGUCGUCUUCCUACGGACCAUGUGAGCGGGCAGCUUCUGUUCAGAGUGGAUAUCACCUCCAUUGGAAACGAAGAAGCCUCCCCAGACGCUGGGGAAACCAUCUUAGGCGGGGCAGUGAACGGUGACCCUGGAAGUCCCUCGGACGACGAAGACUUCCCUCACCUAUCCUCGUCCCCCCGUGUUGCAUACAGACUCUCUCCCGCAGGCCCCGACCGGGGUUCCCUGUUAGUCAACGGUGCUUGUUACUAUGGCGAUGACAGUGUGUGGCGGGAGCCUGGACAGACUGAAGAGGAGGAUCUGCUUGCUUUGGCUCUGGGUGGCCACACACACCGGCAGGUGUCGCUCAACGACUACCUGGAUGCCAUCGAGUCUCCCAGGAGCCCCGGGGACCGACCUCUGCCGGGGCCUUCGCCGAAACUGCGCUCAAGCUUUCCAACGGACACGCGGCUCAACGCCAUGCUGCACAUUGACUCGGAUGAGGAUGAGGAGACGGUGGGGCAGCUCAGGGAGCAAUCGCAGGAGGCGAGGACACAGCAGAGAUCGGCUACGUCUGAGUCUCAACAGGGGAACGAGGGUUCAGUAGGAGACCUACAGGGGCAGACUGGAGCUGGGUCUGAAGCCGGGGCCACAACAGAUGCAGCUUCCUCUGCUAGUGCUCAGCCUGGAACUGAGGCUGCGGGGACUGGAGAUGGAGCUGCAGAAGGUGCAGCCCAAACACAGACGGAGACAUCAACAGCUGCUGGGACUGGACUGUCAGCUGAGGCUGCACACGUCACUGCAGAAACUUCCACAGCCUCCAGCUCAUCUCAGGCGUCGGGGACUGAAGCCGCUGCAGCAGCUGGGCCGGGGGAGUCUGUGGGGGAGUGUACCUGUCAGGAGCAGAGCAGCAGGACGGGUGCAGUACCCUGCACUCCCUCACUUGGUCCACUUUCACCCAUUCAGGAGGUGGAGACGAGAAAGGAAGUGGCUCCAAAGGCGGAGGAGGAAGGGGAGUCAUCGAGCAGCGAAGCGAAUGGACCAGUUGCUGCAGCUUCGACUACGAGCAGCAUCACAGCUGACCAAGCAGGAGCCACUUCGGAAGUUGGAGCGAGUGGCAGGAAUGGUCAGGAGCAGGAGGAGGGGGAGGUGUGGAGGAGGAGGCAGUCCUUGCAGGUCUCUGGAGGCAUGUUCCAAAACCAGGAGGUGUGUGGGGCCAGAGAGAGUCAGAACGGGACAGUGGGGGUGGAGAGAGAGACAGGUGCCACAGCUCAGGUCAAUGGCCACCAGUCUAUUUGCUCUCUGCCAUCUAUCCGCCAUGACAUCAGUCGUUACCAGAGAGUGGACGAGGCGCUACCACCUAACUGGGAGGCUCGCAUCGACAGCCACGGUCGGAUCUUUUACGUGGACCACGUGAACCGAACCACGACUUGGCAGCGUCCCACCGCUCCCCCCGCCCCACAGACGCUCCAGAGGUCCAGCUCCAUACAGCAGAUGGAGCAGCUCAACCGCAGGUAUCAGAGCAUACGUAGGACGAUAACCAAUGAAAGCAGACCAGAGGAGCAGCCAGCCAAUGAGCUCCCUGCAGAUGAAACUGACCUGCACCCCUCGAUCCCAGAGCUCCGUAGGGACAACAGUGUGGCUCAGUCCAGUUCCAGGUCUCGCCUCACCCUGCUGCUUCAGUCCCCCAGCGCAAAGUUCCUCACCAGCCCCGACUUCUUCACUCUGCUGCAUUCCAACCCUAGUGCCUACCGUAUGUUCACCACCAACACGUGUCUGAAGCAUAUGAUCAGCAAGGUUCGUCGGGAUGCUCACCACUUCGAGCGCUACCAGCACAACAGGGACCUGGUGGCCUUCCUCAACAUGUUGACCAACAAACAGCUAGAGCUGCCCAGAGGCUGGGAGAUGAAGCACGACCACACCGGCAAGCCUUUCUUUGUGGACCAUAACUGCCGUGCCACCACCUUCAUCGACCCCCGACUGCCUCUCCAGAGCACUCGGCCCCCCAGCCUCCUGACUCACCGUCAACACCUGACUCGCCAACGCAGCCACAGCGCUGGCGAGGUCAGCACACGACGACUGGUGGGCGAAGACCCUCGUCACGCCGGCCCACCUGUCCUGCCGCGGCCUUCCAGCACCUUCACCUCUGCCAACAGGGGGCAGGGCCAAGACGUCGUGCCAGUGGCCUACAACGACAAGAUUGUGGCGUUUCUUCGACAACCAAACAUCUAUGAGAUCUUACAGGAGAGACAGCCGGACUUCAACCGGAACCAUUCACUCAGGGAGAAGGUGCAGCUGAUACGCACAGACGGAGGGUCGGGAUUGGCCAGGUUGUCGGGUGACGCUGACCUUGUCAUGCUAUUAAGUCUGUUUGAAGAUGAAGUAAUGUGCUACGUGCCUCCUCACGCCUUACUCCACCCCAGCUACUGCCAGUCACCUCGGGGGUCCCCUGUCGCCUCCCCACAGAACUCGCCUGGCACUCAGAGAGCUAAUGCCAGAGCCCCAGCACCCUACAAGAGAGACUUUGAGGCCAAACUGCGCAACUUCUACAGGAAACUGGAAACUAAAGGCUACGGUCAAGGACCAGGGAAGCUUAAGUUGAUUAUCCGUCGUGACCAUCUGCUGGAAGACGCCUUCAACCAGAUCAUGUGCUACUCCCGAAAAGACCUGCAGCGCAGCAAACUUUACGUCAGCUUUGUUGGGGAGGAGGGGUUGGACUAUAGCGGGCCUUCGCGAGAGUUCUUCUUCUUGGUUUCCAGGGAGCUGUUCAACCCUUAUUAUGGUCUGUUCGAGUACUCUGCCAAUGACACCUACACCGUCCAGAUCAGCCCCAUGUCCGCCUUCGUGGACAAUCACCACGAAUGGUUCCGGUUCAGUGGUCGUAUUCUUGGUUUGGCUCUGAUCCAUCAGUACCUGCUGGAUGCCUUCUUCACCAGACCCUUCUAUAAAGGCCUGCUGCGCAUUCCGUGUGACCUGAGUGACCUGGAGUACCUGGACGAGGAGUUUCACCAGUCGCUUCAGUGGAUGAAGGACAACGACAUAGAAGACAUGCUGGACCUCACCUUCACCGUCAAUGAAGAAGUCUUCGGACAGAUAACAGAAAGAGAGCUGAAGCCUGGUGGAGCAGAAAUCCCUGUUUCAGAGAAGAACAAAAAGGAAUACAUUGAGCGGAUGGUGAAGUGGAGGAUAGAGAGAGGAGUGGUGCAGCAGACUGACAGCCUGGUCAGAGGUUUCUAUGAGGUGGUCGAUUCCAGGCUCGUAUCAGUGUUUGACGCGAGGGAGCUGGAGCUGGUGAUCGCUGGCACAGCUGAGAUUGACCUAUCAGACUGGAGGAACAACACCGAGUACAGAGGAGGUUAUCAUGACAACCAUAUUGUGAUCCGGUGGUUCUGGGCGGCAGUGGAGAGGUUCAACAAUGAACAGAGACUGCGGCUCCUGCAGUUUGUGACCGGGACAUCCAGUAUUCCUUACGAGGGCUUCGCUUCUCUGCGAGGCAGCAACGGACCCCGCAGGUUCUGUGUGGAGAAGUGGGGGAAGGUCAGCGCGCUGCCCAGAGCUCACACCUGUUUCAACCGACUAGACCUGCCACCGUACCCUUCCUUCUCCAUGCUGUAUGAGAAGAUGCUUACGGCCGUGGAGGAGACCAGCACCUUCGGGCUGGAAUGAGAUCCUGGUCUUCCCCUCAAGGACUGCUGACGUAGGGUCAAAACGUAUGGGUUGGUGUUCAUUUAUAAUGGCCUAUAUUUUAUAAAAGACCUUUUAACCAUGAAGCUGCACUCUGAAGUAAACACUUGUUUUUUUUGUUACACCUGCACGUAUUUCACACGUACUUAGUAACACACCUGUGUGAUGUUACCGAUGAAGACUUGCGCUGCCUUUGGGACCAGAAUUACGACUGCCAGGAUUUUACCAAUCGGAGGCCGGGAUGUUUUUAUUUGUGCCACUUUCUCUUUGAUACCAGGAGGUUUAAAUGUUGAGAUGAAGAAGCAACCACUGCCUUCCCUGACUCAGCCUCUUUUAUUGGAGUGUGGAAACACUGUCUCGGACUGUGAGCUUCAGUGACACAUUGUCCCCUUCUGGCUUUGUCUCAUGCACUCGUGCAACUAUUUCUCAAAGAGGACUGCCUUUUGGUAAAGUUUGUCGUCUUUUCCUGUGAACUUCUACAGCUGAUUUUUGACUCCAGGGUUUGGUAUUGUUACAGUAUUUUCAUGUAUAAGAAAAAGGGGAUUUUCUAAAGAUGGCAGUGUCAUGGUGUGAUUUGAAUGUAACUAACUUCAUCAUGUAAGUGAUUUUGUACCAGAUCUGGAUCAACUGGCAAAAAAGAAACCCAUUUAGCCGACACUUAUUUGAGUUAGUAUGUUACACACAGUAUGUAACCAUAUCAAUUUACUUGGAUUGUAUUUGAUAGAUUUUCUUUUAUCCAGGACUGUUUUAUUUUCUUUAAGUUUGUUAAAGGUAAUUUACACUCGAGAGGCAUAGAUUGAAAGUAUAUCCGAGUAGACAAAGCCAUUUAAAUGUCCACCCACCAGUGGCGGAUCUAGAAAACUGGGGUGGCAAAGGAGCGGCAAGAAGAAAUCCCAUGUAGUGAUAAAUUAUUCUGAUGAAUAACAAAACAAGACCAGGUCGCACAAGCCUGGCAAUGUUUGCAAUGAGACUUGACGUAAGCAUUUCCAUAAAUCAAUACAGCACAAAUUAUAUAAUAUUUAUAUAUUUUUAUUAGUUGGCUCAAAUUUAAGUGCAAGUGAAAAAAAUAAUCGUACAACUUUUAGACCGUUUCAUUACGCCACUACAGAUAUUUGAUAUGUGAUUAUUAUGUUGAGGUACACUUAAGCAUACAUUAACUGGAUGUGUUUAAAAAAGGGCUACUAAUGUUAUUAGUAAUAACACCUCCUUUAUUAUCAAUUAUCAAUUCAGCUACGCCUCGGACUCAUCUGGGACUCGGCUUCAGAUAAACAAAUAUCAGCAAAAGCAUUUGAUAACUUUUUGUAAUGUUCUUCACAUCACGUCUAACUGCAUGAGCAUGACUUCUAUCAUAGUGUUCCUAUCUAAUUCCUAAAAUCCAAUUUAAAUACAAAACAUAUCUAUAAAUUGGUUUCUGUGUAUUUAUGAAUGACAUCUGUUUUUACAUCGUUAAAUAUAUAAUUAUUUUUCUUUUGCAAAGUGACGGUUGUUGAAGUGCACUCUCAAAGGGGUCAUCGAUUAAUGGAGGAAGUACGGAAAAGUAGCAAUACCACAAGUGUAGAAAGUAAGUAUAAGUUUUGCGUGCAAAAUAUUGAAUCAAGUAAAAAUACAAAAGUGUUUGCAUCAAAAUAAUUUUAAUCAAAUUAAAAAUAUCAAAAAUAAAAGUACUAGUGAAGAAGUCCCAUUUCAGAACAAUGCAUUAUACUGCAAGAGUUUGAAAUGUUAUUAUUUCUAUUAUUAAAGUAGAGCUAAUUUUAACAACUUCGUAUGCUGCCGGGUGCUAAUUAUGUUUUGUAUUAUUAUCAAUGUGAAAAGUAACUUAAAGGGCUAAUGUGUAGUAUUCAGGGAGAUCUAUUAGCAGAAAUGGAAUAUAAUAUUAAAUAUAAUAUAAUACCGUCAAAUCCUACACACUCCCUUUUAGGUUAUCGUCCACAAGUACAAUAUCUGAAAUGUAGUGAAGUAGAAGUAUCAGAAAAUGUUUUACUUGUGUUCUUAGUUGCUCUCCAAUUGGCAUUAAGAUAUUUCAGACUGGAACAAAGUCAACACAGAACAUAACGAUUGUAUUUCUUGCCUCUUCAGUUUUGGACAUUAUUUUAUGAACAAUCUCCAUAGUUUCCCCCCAUGCUUUCCUCUAGAUCCGCUUCUGCCACAUCCAGAUCAGACCCCUAGCUCGGCUACAGUUGCUGGUGUCUCCUGAUGUUAAGUUGCCAUUUUAGAUCCAGGUUAUUAUGUACUCAUAGACAAAGACUUUCACCCUGAGAUAUUUUAAAAGCAAAUGUUGAUGACGUUCUGGACCUAUGUUUACCUUUUUUACACUUUUAAAGAAGGCACACAAUAAUAUAUCUGGAUGAAACAUGGGUAGAGACGCGAUUUAAGUUUUAUUCAAAUGAUAUAAAAUAAAUCCAUUCUCAAUAUGAAAUGAUUUUAUUUCCAUCCCUAAUGUUUUCUGCCCUCUGUCUGUCUCACCAGAAUGUACCAAAGUUUUAAACCUCACAUCUCUUUCUGUACAGUCCACCUCACUCUUGAAUAUGAAUGUUUUUCAGCACUACUCUCCUAAAAUAAAAUGUCAUCACUCA